GAGCAUUCUGAAUGCUAUACAGGUGUGUUCAUCAUUCGCUCACUCAUGGAUCUUGACUAACGAAUGCACCUGCAGGGCGCGAAAGAUAAUAAAGAUUCCCUGAAGCAACUCGCCUCCACAAUUACCAGUCUAUCAAACACAGUAGUUAACACUUAUCAUCGGCUGCAUCCGCCUCUGCACACAGAAAACUCGGUUUCGGACGCAGAGUCAAAACUAUUUUCGUCAGACCCUAUGCUAAACCAACAGGUCGAAGAUCUUUUAAGUACACUUAGGGAAAUCGAGGAUAUCGUUCGACGUCAGGUUUCCAGGACCUUGGUUCGACGAGUUAUUUCCUCAAGAUCUGAUUCGAAUAUCAUUCAGGAUUACAAGGACCACUUGAACCAAGCGUUGGAGGCGUUCACGCUUCAAUCGAACAUAGUUCUACGUGAGACACUCCUCAGAGUGGAAUCCAAGCAAGAAGAAUUGUUGCAUUCACAGGAAAGCGUACGCUCAACUUUGGAAUCAUUUCAUCAAGACUUCCUUCGAUCUAGUGCAAGUGAAGGAGGACCAACCCAACGGGACGAGGAGCAAGUCCAGAAUGCUGUUUUUACUAAGCUUUCUCCGACGGAACCAGUCGUGUUUGAGGUCAGCUCACCUAUAAGUAUGAGUGGUCCCAUUGACCAGACCCCUGACGAUUCAAACGAUCGUUCGGCUUCUUCGUCUUCUCUGCCUCAUUUCUCAACACAAAUUUCACAACCCCAAACUCCACCAUUCAGCCCUUCUACAUCGAUAUCAACGCCCAAUAAUAACCCAUUUGAAAAUGUUUUCAGCAGGCCAGUCCAAGGAAAUGUCACUGUAAAUAACUUUUCAGGGGACCACUCCGUCAUUUCAAAUGUGGAUAAUUCCCGUCGAGAGAACUUUGGGAAUGUAUAUCACACGGGGAGUUUCUUUGGUAAGAAUUCCGGUUCAAGAGAGGAGAUGUUCGGUGGGUCAAGCUAUGGUCGCGGAGCUGACCACUGGGAGAAUUAUCAUCGGGGUACUGAUGCCGGAUCGAGCGAGGUCUACUCUCAUUCUAACCAUGGCGAUGUAGGCCAUCCCGUUCGACGAGGACGAGAGGGGAUGCAGAGAUGGGAAAAUAGGUUUGUCCCUAGGAGCGUGCCUGUAACGUUUCCCCAGCCUUCGUUCCCCGUGCUUGGUUGAAGUUACUUUGCAGGGAGAAACACUAGAAUUGCGUACUUACUAGAUGAAUACAGCGCUUUGCGUGUUGUUAUCUAUUUGUGCUUAUUUAUUUGACCCGCCUUGGAUUAGGAUCUAUGCGAUGC